AUGAAUUAUUGGCUUCUCAGUAUAUGGAUGGAACUUAUCAAGAAUGGCUUACCUGAAGAUGCGCUGUUGGAGCUUGGGAAAAAAUACCCAUUUCCAGAAAACUGUUCCUCGCUUCAAGCUCCUAAAUUAAAUCCAGAGCUUAAGGCGGCAAUUAAUGAUUCAGGAAAAAAGCGUGAUGAUCGAUUAUGGAACAUCCAAAAUUUAGUUGGCACAGCCUUGGCUGCGGUGGGAAAAGCCGAAACAAUUCUGCUUAAGAAGCAGGAUAAAGAUGAUGAGACAUUAGCUGUCAUUGGUUGUCUAAGUGAUGCAGGUCGCCUAUUGGCGAAGGUACAUCAUUCAGAGUCCGAAGCUCGUAGGUCCAUUAUUUUGGGCUUUUCCUUACAGAGUAAUCUACAGCCUCUCCUAAAGGAGGCCUUAUUGGCAGCUCCAUUGGAUUGUUGGUUGUUUGGAAAGGACUUAUCAGAACGGUUGAAAGCUGCCAAAGUUUUGGAAAAAUUAGUUGCUGAUUUGAAAGUAGUGAAACCACGACCAGUCCUUCAGGCAAAGAAUUUAAACUCCCAGGGCCCGUUCCGGCAGCAAAAGAGGUCGAGAUACCAUCAACCUCAUCCGCGCCAGAGCGGGCAAAACAAGUAUCGCCCCCAGACUCAAAAAGAGGAGAGGGGGAAGAAAGCAUUCAGAAGGAGGAGCAGCAAGUAUUAG